CCGACGCCUUGCAGUGUUCCGAGGAAAGGCACGUGUGCUGCUGAAUGGAGCUGGUCGCUGGUAGCUAUGAGCAGGUCCUUUUUGGGUUCACUGUUCAUCCGAAGCCCGAAACCAGUGGCAACGAGCAGAAAUGGACUCCAGUGGCUGACUUCACUCACCAUGCCCACACUGCCUCAUUGUCAGCGGUGGCUGUAAACAGUCGCUUUGUAGUCACUGGGAGCAAAGAUGAAACAAUUCAUAUUUAUGACAUGAAAAAGAAGAUAGAACAUGGGGCUCUAGUACAUCACAACGGCACAAUAACUUGCCUGAAAUUCUAUGGCAACAGGCACUUAAUCAGUGGUGCUGAAGAUGGACUCAUCUGUGUCUGGGAUGCAAAGAAAUGGGAAUGUUUGAAGUCCAUUAAAGCUCACAAAGGACAUGUGACUUUCCUUUCUAUUCACCCAUCUGGCAAGUUGGCCCUGUCUGUUGGUACUGAUAAGACAUUAAGAACAUGGAAUCUUGUGGAGGGAAGAUCAGCUUUCAUAAAAAAUAUAAAACAAAAUGCUCACAUAGUGGAAUGGUCCCCAAAGGGAGAGAAAUAUGUAGUUGUCAUACUGAAUAAAAUAGACAUCUAUCAACUUGAUACUGCCUCUGUUAGUGGCACCAUCACAAAUGAAAAGAGGAUUUCUUCCAUUACAUUUCUUUCAGACUCUGUCCUUGCAGUAGCUGGAGAUGAGGAACUUGUAAGGUUUUUUGACUGUGAUUCAUUAAUGUGCCUCUGUGAAUUUAAAGCUCAUGAAAACAGGGUAAAAGACAUGUUCAGCUUUGAAAUUCCACAGCAUCAUGUUCUAGUUACAGCAUCAAAUGAUGGUUUCAUCAAAAUGUGGGAGCUUAAGCAAGAUAAGAAAAUUCCCCCAUCUUUGCUUUGUGGAGUGAACACCAGUGCCAGGCUGACAUGUCUUGGAGUGUGGUUGGACAGAGAGACAAGUACAAAAGUGAGCCUGCCUCCAGCAGCAGAGCCCUCGCCUGUAAAUGAAGACCACCCCAAAAUCAGCAAAAAGGAAUCUGGUGACAUGGUGCAAGAAGAAGAAACGUCAAAACCUAACUCAAAGAAAUGUGAUUUAACUAGUUACAGUAAAAAGCUAACAAAAGGAAAUAGCGUGGUGUCAACCAAGAAGAGGAAAGUGAUAGAAAUGUCAGAAAAGAAAAGAAAAAAGAAGAAGAUAUAACUGAUGAAGUGAAUCCCUAAUGUUUCCUGCCCAAGAGAACUCCUUUUUGACAGAAUUAUUCUUUUCAAAUAUUAUACCUGUUUUUUUCUGAGAAAUAGCAAGGACAGUGAGGGAUUUCUUCUGGAGAAAAUAUGCAUCUUAUAAAACCACUUUUUAAGCUUUUUUUUUUUUAACGGCAGUAAAAUUAUUUUUGACAGAUGCUAUAUAUCAUGGUGUUAUAUAAUAUGUUAAUUAUAUAAUUUUUACUGUUGUGCAAAAGUAAUAAAGAUCUUUGUAAUUUAAAAUAAUACAAAAAUUUUAACACAUUCUUUUUUCUUUUUUUUUGUGGUGCUGGACUGGGAAUGGAACCAGGCUUCUCAUGUGUUCGGCAAAUAUACUACCACUGAGCUAUGCUCCUAGCCCUGAGAACACAAUUUGUAGCACAGGAGGAUUGACAUAAGUUUUCAAACAAUUCUGCUUCUAAGCAGUGAAUGAAAAGAAAAUGUAAGGGCAGAAAAAUGACUUUUCUCAUUAUGUGUUCAUCUCUUCCAAGGCAUCAAAAAACUCAUUGAACUGAGGGAGUCUUAAAUCCAGCCCAUUCAUUAUAAUCUUGUCAUCCUCUUGUCAUCUCUUACCUAGAAGACAAAGGCAUUUUUCUCAGCAGACUAAUGGAUGUUUUGAAAAGACACCUUAAUAUAGGACCCAAGUUUGAAUUAGACAUCACAUGCCUACGGCCAUUAGAAGAAUGCUUUUUUUCUUUUCUUCUUCUUUUUUGGAAGUGCUGGACACAAACGCAGGGUCUUGCACAUGCUAGGCAAAUACUCCACUGCUGAGCUACAUCACCAGACUUCGGAGAAUGAUUUAAUUAGGCUAAAUAAGAUAUCAACACUUGGGCAAUGGAAUUCUACUCACUUCAUAGAAGUUGUUUAGGACAUGAACCCAGUUGUGUCAAACUCUUCAGUCUAUCUCUUCAUUAACUUAUUUUAGGCAUAUAAAUAACAAAAAUGCAGCUGGUU